CGGAUUUCUGGAUGAAUCACGAAUUGUGAAUCGUGAAUCGAGUCGUGAGUGGUGAGCAGCUUUCUUUGGGAAGGGCGCGCAUGACAUUCGUGAUCGUGAGCGACAGCAACCUGAACAAGCAAUCCUGCCAUCCACGUUCAUUCACCAUCGGCAAGCUCUCUCAAGUGGCUGACGAAGCACAGCAGCACAAUUCGUGAUUGCAAUACGCAUCCAUCAAGCGCUCGCGUUCAUCAAGUCGAUCGAUCUCUACCUCCGAGCGAAAGCUCUCUGCCGAAAUGUUCGCUAAUCGCGAUGGCUACGACCGCGGCGUCAACACCUUCUCGCCGGAAGGUCGUCUGUUCCAAGUAGAGUAUGCUCUGGAAGCCAUCAAGCUAGGAAGCACCACUUUGGGCAUCGCUGUACCAGAGGGUGUGGUGCUGGGAGUGGAAAAGAGGGUACAGAGCAGUCUUUUGGAAAAGAGCAGCAUCGAGAAGAUCAUGGAGAUUGACGCUCAUGUGGGAUGCGCCAUGAGUGGUCUGACGGCGGAUGCUAGGACCAUGAUCGAACAUGCUAGAGUCACGAGUCAGAACCACGCUUUUACGUUCGAUGAGGAGAUCAAAGUGUCCAGCGUCACUCAAGCAGUGUGCGAUCUGGCGUUGCGUUUCGGAGAGAGCACCGAGGAUGACGAGGCGAUGAUGUCUCGGCCGUUUGGUGUGGCGCUCCUCUUGGCGGGAAUCGAUGUCAAGGGACCACAAUUGUUCCACGCCGAUCCUUCAGGAACGAUGGUGAGGUAUGACGCCAAAGCGAUCGGAUCAGGCUCGGAAGGUGCUCAGGCAGAAUUGCAGGACAAGUACAAAAAGGACAUGUCAUUGAGGGAUGCGUCUCUCUUGACCCUUAGAGUGCUCAAACAGGUCAUGGAAGAGAAGCUAGACGAACACAAUGUUCAACUCGCCCUUGUCACGCCUCGCACUGCAAAGGAUGGCAGGCAGUCGGGACAAUUCAGAAUCUUGCCAGAGAGCGAGCUCAAGGAUCUUGUAGCGGCCAUGUAAGCUACCUCUUGCACAAACGCUCGUGCAAUGAUGAGUCACAGGUCAAAUUCAUCGAAUUUCAUUAGCAUCGGAAU